CCGGCUUCAUUUCAGUUUCCCGACUCGUAAUCUUAUUAGUCCUCACCUUUACACAAAACUUCAUUGCGUUGAUUUGAUUCUACGACUUUAGCCUCAAAACAAAACUGAAUUCGGUUUCAUCUUCGUCUCUUCUCCUUUGAUUUUCGAUCAAACCCUUCUUAAAUCUCAGAGGAAGAUAUUGAAGACGGUGAACGAUCAAAUUCAGAGUAGGGUUUGUUUCUCAAGGCGGUGGCGGUAAAGGGAGAAGAGCGGAAUUGAAAUACGAGGAGGGUGUGGAAACCCUAAACCAUGCUUCUAGGGUUUCGAAUUCCGACAAUAUCUGCCAUUACAUUCACCUGAACGCAACUUUUAACGUCCGAAGGAGAUGACCGACGAAAAUGGAAAACCGGAUAAGGGUAAUCAAUGGCAAUCGCCGAGACCACCGCACCAAGAGAAAGCGGAGGACGUGAAACUCUGGGGAAUUCUUCUUUUCGGUCUGAUCGGUGCCUCUGCCACCACUCUCGCCGUUGGUCAGCUGCGGAAGACUGUUGAUUGGGUAUAUACUCAGUUGAGCAGGACACAAUCAUCAUGGGGUGCAGGAAGUGGCCGUUCUUUCCGGUCAUCAUUUCAGGAGGAAGCAUGGAAAAGGUAUAAUCGUAGGCUGCAAGAGGAGUAUGAAGAAGAAAUGGAGAGGGUGGAACGCAUAAGACGCAUGCAGAAUGUAUUCAACAGAGAGAGGAACAAAUACAAGAGAGGCUAUGAGAGCUGGAGAGAAAAUGGUCCUGGUGCGUAUCAUCAACAUCACCAGCGAGAUGAUUGGUAUUGGAAGGCCGAAACAUUCUACAGAGAGCAAAGACAAAGUAACACAAAUAAUUAUAGAGAAACUCCAACUGACAGACCAAGUUACUUGUUAUCUCAUCAUUAUACAGUUUUGGGUCUCAACAGGUGUCGAAAAACACCUUAUACAGAUGCCGAGAUUAAGACAGCAUUCCAAUCCAAGGCGAAGCAGUUUCAUCCAGAUCAGAACCAAGAUAAUAAAGAAGCUGCUGAGGCCAAGUUCAAAGAGGUUAUGACAUCUUACGAGGCCAUAAAGUCAGAAAGAAAGAACAAUAGACAAUAGAUCAUAAGACUAGACUGCACCGAUAGACACCGAUGGAUCGGAGCUCCGGUAACCAUUUUAAAAGAAUGAGGUAUUAUUGGUAUUUUUGCAGAAAGCCCCCUCGUUAAUCAUGUAUUUAUUCAUAGAAAUUGAGUUUCUUAAAGUACAACAAAAUAAGAGUGGGUGAUGUAUUGAUAUAUAUAUAUAUAUUUUUUCGAUAGGGGCGUGAUAUCACGCAGGCGCGGCGAACUUUUUCUGUUUGUUUAACACACUAUUCGAGGAGUUCUCAAUACAUAUUAAAUUCCAUUCGCGUUA